GUGUUUUCCCUGGGGAUGGUGGCUGAGUUCCUSGUGGCUGAGUUCCUCCUGGCUGACUGUGUUUCCCUGCUCCCCAGCCGGCUCUGUGGGAGCCCCUGCCCGGCCGUGUGGCCCGAUGUCAUCAAGCUGCCCUACUUCAACACCAUGAAGCCCAAGAAGCAAUACCGGCGGCGCCUGCGCGAGGAGUUCUCCUUCAUUCCCUCGUCUGCCCUGGACCUGCUGGACCACAUGCUGACGCUGGACCCUGGCAAACGCUGCACAGCAGAGCAGGCCCUGCACAGUGACUUCYUGAAGGACGUUGAUCUCAGCAAAAUGGCACCUCCAGACCUUCCCCACUGGCAGGAUUGCCAYGAGCUGUGGAGCAAGAAGCGCCGGCGGCAGCGGCAGAGCGGGAUGGCCGUGGAGGAGCCUCCGGUAUCAAAAGUUUCUCGGAAGGAAACUACCUCUGUUCCAAGCACAGACACUGUGAAAAACAACAGCAGUCCUGUGCCCCCCCAGCCUGCCCAGCUCAAAGCAGAGCCUGGCGCUGCAGAUGCAGUAGGCCUGGGCGACAUCACGCAGCAGCUGAACCAGAGCGAGCUGGCCGUGCUCCUGAACCUGCUGCAGAGCCAGACCGACCUGAGCGUGCCGCAGAUGGCCCAGCUGCUCAACGUCCACUCCAACCCCGAGAUGCAGCAGCAGCUGGAGGCUCUCAACCAGUCCAUCACGGCGCUGACCGAGGCCACGGCGCAGCACCACGAGCCCCCGGCGGCAGCGCCCGAGGAAGCCGUGGAGGAGCCGCCCGCGGAGGUGCCCACGGAGGAGCAGCGGACUCCGGACGCAGCCAGCGCUCAGGGAGACAUGCAGAACGUGCUGGCCGUUCUGCUGAGUCAGCUGAUGAAGAGCCAGGAGCCUGGGAUAAGCCUGGAGGAGAGCAACGGGGAGAAGAGCAGCGAGCAGCGGGGGCCCAGGAAAACCCCGACGAGGCAUCCCGAGGAGAGCACAGCGUGUCCUCCYGGCAUUGUCCCACCAGAGAAGAGACCCCCCGAGCCCCCCGGACCGCCGCCGCCUCCUCCCGCUCCCGAAGGGGAUCUCUCCGGUGCAGCCCAGGAGUUGAACCCGGCCGUGACGGCUGCGCUGCUGCAGCUCCUUGCCCAGCCGGACCCGGAGCCRCCGGCCCCGAGAGCCCCGGACUACRGCCGCUCGCAGCCCUCCAGGACUUACAGCACCGACAGCUCCGAGGGGGGAUUCGGUGCCGAGGAGCUGAACCCGGGCCAGACUCUGCUAGAACCUUCUGCCCAACCCCUGGGGAAAAGCAGGACCUUCUUGGGCUCCGUGAGCCACCUCGGGGAGAGCAGCAGCUACCAGGGCACGGGCUCGGUGCAGUUCCCUGGGGAUCAGGACCUGCGCUUCGCCAGAGUCCCCGUCACCAUCCACUCGCUGGGGCAAUCCUUCACCAAAUCCGAGGGGAGCAGCAGCAGCAGCAGCAGCAGCAGCAACAACAACAACAACGUGCUGGUGCAUCCAGAGGCCAAAAUGCAGAGUUACGGCGAGUUGGGGCCGGGAACGGCCGGUUCCAGUGGGGCAGCACCAGGGCACGGCUGGGGUGCCCCAACCCAGGCRCCGGCUUCCUACGGGAAGGCGUUCCGAGGGCCUGGCAGAGUGCCUCCGCGGGGUGGCCGGGGCCGGGGGGUUCCCUACUGACAUUCCUGGGAUUCCCCCCCUCGCCUCUCCUCCUUUAGCCACAGGACUUGAUUAUUUUUUU